CUAAUUUUCACAGUCGGCGGCCAUAUUGUGGAAAACAGGACAGAAAAAAUUAGUAGCUUGUGAAUUGUGAAAUUUAUUAGCAACUCGCAGUUCCCCAGAUACCAGUUCCAGUGCAAUAGCUCAUAAAUUGACAACCUUUUAGGCAAUUUUCUCGCUUAAAUCCAAACACCCAUCUCAACCAUAUAUCACAUCCAACAACCCCCAAUCCCUAAACCACCCAUCAAAAUUAUGGUCAGCGUCAAGGUCAACGGAAAUCAGAAUCGAUCAGCCAAUUCACUUGGAGUCAAAAAUCAAAAAACAGACGGUAAUAUGGCUUUCCGUGGAAACCAGAACCGCAACCGCAACUUUGGCGGCGGCAACAACAACUACGGCGGACCCAUGGGCGCCAAUCGUAUGGGUGGCAUGAACAUGUCACCCUGGGAAUCCCAGAAUCCCGGCGGCGGCCAAUUCGGCAACAAUAUGCGCCAGGGCGGUGGGCAGAUGAACGCCCAGGCCAUUAACCUGGCCAAUAACUUGCUUAACAACUUGUUCCGGAACCAGAAUCCACCCUCGCUCCUGGACUUGCCACGCGGCGGUGGUGGCAUGGGAAACCGCAAUCAGCGUGCUGGGCCGAUGGUCAAUCGCGGCGGCGGUGCUGGCAAUCGUCUCAAUAACCGUCGUGGCCAGGGAGGCUUCCAAAAUCGUGGCGCCACUGGUGGUCCCAAGCCCCCGCAAAAGCAGGGCGGCGGCGGUAUUCGCAAGCAAAAUGCUUUUGAUCGUGCCAAGAAACUUUUGGCUAAAAAUGCCAACCAAAAUAAAAAGAAGGAAACUACUCCUGGCGAAAAGAAAACCGAGAGCCCUGCCAGCAAGGAGUCGCCGUACGCUAGCGUGCCGAACGACAUGUUCUACUGUCAUCUGUGCAAGAAGCAUAUGUGGGACGCCAACUCGUUCGAGAACCACAUCAAGGGACGCACCCAUCUGAUGAUGCGUGAGGGCAUUGAGGAGAGCUACCGCCUCAAGGCCAACAUGAUCCGCCAGGAGGCCAAGAUCGCCGAGCAGCUCAAGUCGAUUGAGUUCGAUCGCUUGAAGCGGAUGGGUAAGAGCAAGCAGCGCCAGCUGGACUACUGCACCAUGUGCGACCUGAACUUCCAUGGCCAUAUCUCGACCCAUCGCAAGUCCGAGGGACAUCUUCAGCUGAAGAAGUUCCUGCAUCCCAAGUGCGUGGAGUGCAACAAGGAGUUCGCCACUCGCAUCGACUACGAUACCCAUCUUCUGUCGGCCGAGCACUUGAAGAAGGCCGCCGAGAGCAACACCAAGGUGGGUGAGCGCAAGCGCCAGACCUUGCCGAUCAGCACCGAGGAGGAGGAGACCCGCGAUCUCCGCCUGCCCCAGAAGAAGAAGAAGAAGGCUGCCAAGAAGGAGGGUGAGGCCGAUGCCAAGAAGGAGGGUGCCGAGGGCGAGGCAGCUGAGGGCGAAGAUGCCGAUGGUGAGGAGGGCAAGGACGGCGAGGAGAACGCCGACGAGGCCAAGGAGGGCGAGGAGCUCAACGAGUCGCAGGAGGAUGAGGAAGUGGCUCUGCCCGUAGAUGCCGAGGACUGCAUCCUCGACUACAACGAGGGCGACGACAUCCCCAGCGAGGUGGACACUCGCCUUCCGAAGUACAACUACCAGCGGGCCGUCGGCGCUGGAUUGAUCUCCAAGCUGGAGUGCUACGAGUGCUCCGUCUGCAGCAAGUUCUUCGACACCGAGGUGACCGCCGAGAUCCACUCGCGCACAGCCACCCAUCACCGCAACUUCUUGAAGUUCAUCAACGAGAAGUCGAGCGACACCAAGAUUGCCCAGAAGCGUGCCGCCGCCGCUCUGGAGGAGAAUGAGCGCAAGAAGCGCAAGCUGGAGGAGACCGAGGCCACUCCGGCCGCUGAGGAGGGUGCUGCCGGCGACGAGGCUACCGAGGAGGCCGAGGGCGAGCUGUACGAUCCAUCGGAGGCCACUGGCGACGAUGACGAUGUUGAGAUGGUGGAGGACAACGGCGAGGCUGAGGGCGAAGGCGAGGCCGAGGGUGAGGGUGAGGGCGAGGGCGAAGAAGAAGCCGGCGGAGAUGAGGAGAUGGAGGCCCAGGAGGGCGAUCAGGAGGCCGAAGCUGAGCCUGAACCCGAGCCGGAGCCCGCCCCAGAGGUGGUUGCCACACCAGCAAAGGCACCGGCCAAGACACCAGCCAAGGCUGGCGGUGCCGCCGCCACUCCAGCAGCUGCGGCCGCCACACCUGCCGCCGAAUCUUCUCCGUCACCGAACAAGAAGGCCACGCCGGCUCGAGCCGCUGCUGGUCCGAAGGCUACGCCGCAGCGUCAACGUGCUCGCGCCCGCUACAACCGCUACUAAAUUAGGAUUCGUAACUAAAGAUAACACUAAAAUAUAGACGCCCAUAAAAUGAACACACAUAUGCCCCCUCGACAAAGAAGAAGAAGAUGAUGGAGGCGGAGGAGGAGGAGGAAGAAGGAAGGAGCGGAGCUAGUAUUUGACAUUUGCAUCUCGUAUAUUUGCAAAUAAAAUGAAAAACAACUUUACGCAAUCAUCCGGAGAUGAAACAGUGGACUACAUUGUAAUUGAAUACAACUUUCUUGACGCUCUAAGGAGGAGGAGGAGGAGGAAGGAAGACAAACAACUUGAUUGAUUUCCAUAUGAACAAAGUCGUCCCGAUCAAUCUCUGCAAUACAAAAAAAAACAAUCCAAAACGAUCCAAUCCCGAAUCCCCCAUCCCCAUCCCCUGUAGACUGCAUACCACAACACUCUGGGCAGCCAACCAUUUAAAAUAUAUGUAAUCGUAUACAUUUUAAAAUAAACAAAGAAAACAAACGUAGUUGUAAAACAAA